GCUACUCAUGAAAGUUUGCGGAAGUAACUCCGGCGGAAGUUAAAGUUUAAACUGUCCGGGCUCUAAAGUUUCACUCAACUGUGUUGGCGUCGUUCUGGUUUCAGUGUAAUAGAUGGACCUCAGCUCAGACCAAAUAAAGCGGAUCCUCUCUAAGUACAAAUUUCAUGAUGUUGCUAUCGAGGAGCUGCAGAAAAUCCAUCGAAUCUACCCUGGGAUAAAACCUUCCCCUGGCACAUACACAUUCAGUGAUGGCACACAGAAAGAUCUGCUGAAAUUAAGCGGGAACAUCCCUGUCCGGUAUGAAGGCCACUCCUACAACUUCCCCAUCCAGCUGUGGCUGAUAGACUCCUUCCCCUUCACGCCUCCCAUUUGCUACCUAAAACCCACCAAGAACAUGGCCAUCAGAGAGGGCAAGCAUGUUGAUGCCAAGGGGCGACUUCAUCUGCCGGCGCUGCACAACUGGGAUCAUCCCAAGUCGUCAGUGGUGGUUCUUCUGAAUGAGAUGAUUGCCAAGUUUGAGGAGGAUCCUCCUCUGUGCUCAAAGCCCAAAGACAGCGAUAAAGACCCACACGAGCUUCUGGCAUAUGUCAAUAAAAUCCAGAUCAAUGAUGGUGGGGUCAGAAAUCACGAUCAACAGCCUCAUAAAGUCUCUGUUAUUGGGGGAGGAGACUUGGGAAUGGCUUCUGUGAUGAGCAUUCUGGCCAAGUGUAAAGUGGAUAAGCUGGUGGUCAUUGACAUUGCUGAGAGUUCUACCAAGGGUGGCAGCACAGAUCUAGAUAUCUUCAGUCUGCCAAAGGUUGAGGUGUCCAGAGAUUUAUCUGCCUCCGCAGGCUCCAGAGUCGUCGUGGUGACUGCAAACGCAUGGAGCAGCGAGCAGUCGUAUUUAGGCCUGGUUCAAACUAACGCCGACUUGUUCAGAAGAAUCGUCCCAAAUCUAGCACGACUCAGCCCCACUGCUGUGAUGCUUGUUGCUUCACAACCAGUGGACAUCAUGACUCACGUUGCCUGGAGGCAGAGCGGCUUUCCACCGACGCGGGUGAUCGGUGCAGGGUGUAACUUGGACUCGGAGCGACUUAGUCACGUUCUGGAUAUUCAUCUUAACACACACAAAACAGCCUGGGUCAUAGGAGAACUUUCAAACGACAAAGUUGCCGUGAUGAGUAACAUGGCACUGGGCUCCAAUGCACAGCCAGAGAUCGCCCCGGGAUCCAACAUCACCAAACCUCUGUUAGACAGGGCAUUUGAGAUGAUCAAGAAUCAAGGGCAGCGGUCGUGGUCAGUGGGUCUUUCCGUCGCUGACAUCACAAACAGUGUCCUGGAAAACACAAUGAAGACCCACUCCGUCUCCACGCUGGCUCAGGGCUGGGGUGGUAUAGGUACAGAGGUUUUCCUGAGUCUGCCGUGCAUUCUGGGAUGCAACGGUUCCACGCGCCUGGCUGGAGUGUCACUGGGAAAGGAAGAAGACUCCAAACUCAGGGACAGUGUUGCGUCUCUUUCUGACCUCAUGGGUCAACUGAGGAUAUGAAUGUGUCCCCAGUUUGUGGCUUCACUAACCGUUCUGAGACAAGCUGUGGGCUCAAGUUCUCUGACGAACACACCGUCAAGCAGAUGGACUAUGCUGCUGGUAAAUACUGUAAUUUUUGAAGUUACAGACAGGAGUUCUGUCUCAAAUAUGUGCAAUUUAUUUGGGUAUAAAAACUGAUAUGAAGUGUACAGAUGGUGUUUUGUAUAUGCAUUUACCAGCACUAUGGAAAUUGUCUUGUACAAUGAAGUAAAUUAAUGUAUUUUAAAGCCUUUAAUUACUAUGCAAAAGCAUUUUAAAAAUGAUGAUGCUUGUAAUUUUUAUCAACUUUAUUUUUGUCGGUAACAAAGUUGCAUGACAUGAUUAUUUUGUACUAAUCUUGUUAAUUACUUGGAAGAUAAUCAAGGUGUAGGUAGCUGAAGCAUGUAAAUAAUGUGUAGUGCACAGUGCUGGUAUAUGCACUAAAAUGCCUUAAUAUUUAAUUAUUUCUCUCACUUGUUUACACUAUGUGAAGACGUUUCACAGCUAGAACUUAACAUAUGUACAGGAAAUAAAUGAUUUUGUGGGUGUGCAAUAAAUAAAGAUGGGCAAAAGAAGA